GGCUAUUAGAUAUCAUGACCAUGGCUUCUUUUUCUUCUUCUUUGAUCAUGUUCUACUUGUUUCUAGCUAGUUUUGGUGCUUGCAUGGCUAGCCAGAUUGGUUUGGGUUCAAGGCUGCUGGCUAGUCAGAAUCAAAGCUGGGUUUCCGAUAAUGGCACGUUCGUUUUUGGGUUUACUCCGGCCGAUGGACGUGAUGAUCGACUUCAAGUUGGUAUUUGGUUUGCGGAGCUUCCGGGAGAUCGAACAUUAGUUUGGUCAGCUAGAAAUUCUCCGGUCACCAACAAAGCAAUCCUGGAGUUCGACAUCACCGGAAACCUUGUCCUCUUUGAUGGGGACACCACCGUCUGGAUGUCCAACAGUACCUCUGGUGCCCGCAUAGAAUAUGCAGUCAUGUCAGAGUCCGGCAACUUCAUCAUAUUCGGCACAGACAACCGCAUUGUAUGGCAGAGUUUUUCACACCCAUCUGAUACUCUCCUUCCAAACCAACCGUUUACAGUUUCACUAGAGCUAACAACGUCUAAGUCAGCCUCACAUGGUGGCUAUUACACCCUCAAAAUGCUUCAACAACCCACUUCACUAAGCCUUGCUCUGACCUACAAUUUGCCGGAAAGUUUUGACCACCUGCCAGAAUCUUACAGCAACUAUUCCUAUUGGCAAGGACCCGAUAUAUCAAAUGUGACAGGGGACGUUGUUGCAGUUUUAGAUGAAGCCGGAAGUUUUGGGAUUGUUUACGGGGACUCAUCGGAUGGUGCUGUGUAUGUGUACAAGAAUGAUGGUGAUUAUGGAGGAUUGUCGGCAGCCUCAAACCGAUCCACCAGGUUGGCGGUUCUUCGAAGAUUGACUCUCGAGACUAAUGGAAACAUACGUUUGUAUAGAUGGGAUGAUGACGUAAAUGGCUCGCGUCAAUGGGUGUCAGAAUGGGCUGCAGUUUCGAACCCUUGUGAUAUUUCUGGGAUUUGUGGCAAUGGAAUAUGUAAUUUGGAUAGGAGCAAGACUAAUGCUUCUUGUACGUGUUUACCGGGUACUUCUAAGGUAGAUGGUGGUAUUCAGUGCAUGGAGAACUCGUCCUUGAUCGGAAAAUGUGGUUCUCGGCGUGAAAACCUGACUUCCCAGUUUAAGAUUUCAAUGGUGCAGCAAACCAAUUAUUAUUAUUCUGAUUUCUCAGUGAUAGCAAAUUAUAGUGAUGUUCCAACGGUGUCAAAGUGUGGGGAUGCGUGUUUAUCAGAUUGUGAGUGCGUUGCUUCCCUAUAUGGUCUUGAUGACGAGAAGCCUUACUGUUGGGUAUUGAGGAGCUUGGACUUUGGCGGGUUUGAGGACCCCGGCUCUACACUGUUCGUGAAAGUUAGUUCCAAUGGUUCGAACACACCAGAAAGCAAUUCUGCAGGUUCCUCCGAUGGAUCCGGGAAUGUGAGAGAGAAGGUUUUGGUUAUUCCUAUUGUUCUUAGCAUGACAUUACUCAUUGGGCUACUUUGUUUGUUAUUGUACUAUAAUAUUAAUAGAAGAAGAGCUUUAAAGAGAGCCAUGGAUAAUUCCUUGAUCUUUGAAGGUGCUCCAUUGAAUUUUAGCUACCGUAAUUUACAAAUCCGGACAUGGAAUUUUAGCCAGUUGCUUGGAACAGGAGGAUUUGGAAGUGUAUAUAAAGGAAGCCUAGCUGACGGGACUCUGGUUGCAGUUAAGAAAUUAGAGAGGGUGUUGCCUCAUGGAGAGAAGGAGUUUGUAACCGAAGUGAACACUAUUGGCUCCAUGCAUCACAUGAACUUGGUUCGGCUCUGUGGGUACUGCUCUGAGGGAUCACACCGGCUUCUAGUUUAUGAGUUCAUGAAAAAUGGGUCAUUGGACAAAUGGAUAUUCCCUUCACAUCAUUACAGAGACAGGCUACUGGAUUGGUCAACUCGCUUCCAUAUAGCUGUUGCUACUGCCCAAGGGAUUGCAUAUUUUCAUGAGCAGUGUAGAAAUCGAAUAAUACACUGUGACAUCAAGCCAGAAAAUAUAUUGCUGGAUGAGAAUUUCUGUCCCAAAGUGUCUGAUUUUGGACUAGCAAAGUUAAUGGGAAGAGAGCACUCACAGGUUGUCACUAUGGUUAGAGGAACAAGAGGAUACUUGGCUCCAGAGUGGGUUAGUAACCGCCCUAUAACUGUAAAGGCUGAUGUUUAUAGUUAUGGAAUGCUUCUCUUGGAGAUUGUUGGGGGGAGGAGAAAUCUUGACAUGUCCUUCGAUGCUGAGGACUUCUUCUACCCCGGCUGGGCUUUCAAGGAGAUGACAAGUGGGACACCAAUUAAAGUUGCAGAUAGGCGACUAGAAGGAGCAGUGGAAGAAGAAGAGCUGGUGAGAGCUCUGAAAGUGGCAUUAUGGUGCAUUCAGGAUGAGGUCUUUACGAGACCUUCAAUGGGGGAAGUGGUGAAGAUGUUGGAAGGAUCAAUGAACAUAAACAUGCCGCCAAUGCCACAGACGGUUCUGGAGCUGAUCGAGGAAGGUCUGGAUCAUGUAUACAAAGCAAUGAAGAGAGAUCAGUUCAAUCACUUUAGCUCCUUCACAAUCAAUAGUCAUCCCUCAUCGUCUCGUGCUACAUGUAGUUAUUCCACAAUGUCACCCAGAUAACGAAUGUAUAUCAGUACACAUUUUUUGAUGGAGGAGGUGUAGCCAGAAAUUACACCAUCAUAUCAUGUAUAAAUACUUUGAUGAGUACCCAAGCAUGACA